AUGGAAACCCCAAAACGAAUGCAAUGGAAAGGGAAGUGUGAUUUUAUUUUAUCGUUAAUUGGUUAUGGUGUUGGAUUAGGGAAUAUUUGGAGAUUUCCUUAUUUAUGUGCUAAAAAUGGAGGAGCUGUGUUCCUGAUUCCCUACGCAGUAUUCAUGGUACUCGUGGCGUUUCCAUUGACAUUUCUAGAAUUAUCCCUUGGACAAUAUUCUGGAAAGAGUGCAUUUGGAGUGUGGGAUAUUUGCCCCGCCGUUAGAGGUAUUGGACUGGCUAUGACUGGUAUAUCAGUGAUCUGUUGUCUUUACUAUAACACAAUUCUCGCCUGGAUCUUAUAUUAUCUAUUCAACUCCUUCAAAUCUCCUCUACCGUGGGUUGGAUGUGACAACUGGUGGAACACAGACGCCUGUUUUAUUCAAGAUAUCAGUGCUUCUACGUUACACAUCAUGAUGAAUAACACUGUGGACCCUUAUAAUACAACUAAAAACCAUGCUCCAACUGAAGAAUUCUGGAAUUUAAACGUAUUACGGAUAUCGAGUGGUUUUGAAGAUAUAGGCUCUAUCCAGUGGCAUCUGGUAUUGGCUCUAGCUCUAGCCUGGUUGUUUAUUUAUAUUUGUUUGUUUAAAGGAGUGGAGUCUGUAGGCAAGGUUGUAUACGUGACGGCUACCAUGCCGUAUAUACUGAUAACUAUAAUAUUAAUCAGAGCUCUGACUCUACCUGGUGCCAUAGAUGGGGUAUAUUUCUAUAUUAUUCCUGAUUUUAGCAAACUUGGAGAAUUGCAGGCAACUAUGAUGCAAAUGUUUUUCUCAGUAGGGAUGGGCUGGGGAGGUUUUCAUACAAUGGCCAGCUAUAAUAAGUUUAAUAAUAAUAUUUUAAGAGAUAGUAUUAUAUACUGUGUAGUUGGAGAAGGAACGAGUUUUUAUGCGGGAUUUGCAGUAUUUUCUAUUCUGGGUCAUCUGUCAUAUCUUACUAAUUUACAUGUUUCAGAUUUAGUACGAACAGGCCCGGGACUGGCGUUUAUAGCCUACCCAGAAGCUCUGGCUACUCUACCAGUUCCUCAAUUAUGGACAGUUCUAUUCUUCCUCAUGUUACUGACCACAGCUUUAGACUCCAUGGUAAUUAUGAUUUGUUAUUUGUUAUUUGUGAUUUUAUUUUGUAUUUGUUAUUUUGUAAAUAAAUAUUUUGUAUUUGUUAUUUGUAAAUCGAUAUUUUGUAUUUGUUAUAUUGUAGGUGGUAUUUAUGUUUUCCAAGUGGUAGACUGGUAUGUAGCAGCUGUCACGGCGUUUUUGGUCACAAUUAUAGAAUGUAUAGUCAUUGGAUGGAUUUAUGGAACUGAAAGAUUUUACGAUGAUCUGGAAGUUAUGUUAGGAAAUCGACCAUCUCGAAUUUUUAAAAUAUUGUGGAAAUUUAUCACUCCAGCUAUUCUUGUGACUGUACUAUUAACUACCCUAACACAAUAUACUCUACCAACGUAUGGUGAUUAUCAGUAUCCAGUAUCAGCAGGUAUUUUAGGCUGGUUUAUAGCUCUUAUUACUGCUCUACCAAUACCUAUCUGGAUGAUGAAAGCAAUAAUUGAAAGUAAAGGCUCACUGAAAGAGGUAAGUGGUAAAAACAAACCGCCCAUAACACCCGACACUCUGGUAGUCUGUUUCCUAAUUGAUGGUACCAUGGCGGGAUUUCGAAGAAGUGCUGUCCUUUGUUGUCCUUUGGACCCCUGA